AUGGCGCCUAUCGAGGACAAUGCCGGUGCUGCCGAGUCUUCAGCUGUGCAACCGCCGAGCUUGCUCGAGCGCCUCGUACGCCUGCCCGAGGAACUACAAGCUGGCAUAUUCGCACAGCUGAGCUACCAAGAUGCGCUGCGUCUGUCGCAGGUCAAUCGGUACUUCCAUCUCAAGGUUGAGCCCGAGAAGUGCCCCGAGUGGGAGAAAGCCCAGUUCGUGUUCAAGGCUCAAUUCUGGGAGAAGCACAACAUGUGCGUUGCCGAGAGAAUGAAGGGACCAUGGGGACGGGGUGUAGUUAUGCGCCUGACCGAGAACAACUAUGCCUGCUACCGCUGCUACCGAGUCCGUCCUCGCACCAAGUUCUCGCUGCAAAUGACGAAGAAUUUCUGUGCAAAGGAGACCGAGAAGACUUUUUUGUCGCUCAUAUAUCGGUACUGCAUCGACUGUGGUCUUGCUGAUGGGAAGUAUCGACCAGGCAUGACGCUCUCCGUCACGACUGACGAGAUCCGAGACUGUCGCGGCAACAGAGACGGCGCGAAGCCAAUCAUCACGUGCAAGAAACUGCCACUGAUCGUCUGCCGAGUCUGCGAGGAGAUCAGCCCCUAUGAGAUUCUCCUCCACGCUCGACGCUGCCGUGAGUGCCUGAACGGUACUGCGAGGUGGAUGGCCAAUUGCAGGCACGAGGAUGUGAAGCGAGGGCUUGCGAAGGUGAAGUGUCUGAACUGCGAGGCAAUACAGUUGGUUCUCGAUCCAGGACUUGCGUGUAAGCAUCAGUGCUUCGAGCAUGCGCGGAUGUGUCGUAAGGACUGGAAGGACCAGCAGCGCCACCAGAAGCAGAUGAGCAAGCGCGAGCGGAAGGCUUUCGGGCCAGGUGAGGAGCUUCUGGAGGACGAUGGAGAGGGUUUGGCAGAUGUAGCUUGGCUGUAG